CUGUAAUCUCUACACCGAACUUAGAUCAAAGCAAUAAGAUAAUCAGGAACGACACGUUCCUGUUGCCAUCAAUCCAGCGUCCAGUGUUCUCGCGUGCGUGCGUUGUGUCGGCGGCGUGUACGUAGGUCCAUGCAUGUACUAGUUACUAGCUAGCUACGUACCGGAGAAUCGAUCCAGCUGUGUGUGUGCCUGUUUAUUGCAUACGUGUGUAUCUCCAGGAAGAAGACAGCUUGUGCGUACGUGUGAGCGACGGCCGAAAGCACAGGUCGCCGAAUCGCGUUGUACAAAGUACGCCGGAAAGUACUCGGCGUACGGGACUGUGCCAACAAUUGAUAUCUAGAGCUUUGGUAUUGACAUGAUUCUCGGAAAGCAAUCGAAGGAUCAUGUCGACCACGGGCAAGGAGAUUGUGACGGCGGCAGCGGGAGCACCGAUGCCGAUGGUGGGGGGAUCACAAUUCCCCGUCUGGAUCGAGAGGACUACGCACUAUGGGCGAUGAACAUGGAGGUCGCGAUGGAGGGAGCUGAGUUCUGGGAAGCCGUCGACCCGGGCGGCGCCGAGUACGCAAAGGGCGCGGCGAAGUACCGGAAGGAUCGUCAGGCGUUAACAGCGAUCUACUCCGCCAUGCCGAAGGAUGUGCUGCAACACCUCGUCGGAAAGAACUCGGCGAAGGAGGCAUGGGAGACCAUCAAGAUCCUGCACCAGGGUCAUGACCGUGUCAAGGAAGCACACCUUCAGUCCCUUAUGAGAAGCUACGAGUGCCUGAAGAUGGAUGAAAGUGAGACGGUUGAUCAGUUUGCCGCCCGUCUCAAGACCCUCGUCAAUGGCAUACGCAGCUAUGGUUCAACCCUAGAAGAAGUUCCGAUCGUCCGACGAUUUUUGCGCGCCGCGCCGGCACGCUACAUUCAGAUUGUCACGUCGAUCGAGCAAUGUCUCGACCUGAAGACUCUCACGGUUGAGGAUCUCGUCGGAAGGUUCAAGGCCCACGACGAGAGAAUUCGUCUCAGUUUCGGCGACGCGGAGGCGAGUGAGCACCUCAUGCUUACAAAGGCGCAAUGGAUCGCCCUGUCGAAAGAAAAGCAAGGCGGAUCUACGAGCAGCGGCAAGAAGAAGGGGAAGGGGAAGCAGCGCUCGGCGAGAAAGAACUUCGCCGACUCGGACGACGAGGAUGCGCCUGCACCACCGAGGAGGAAGUUUGACAUCAGAAAAGUGAGGUGUCAUAAGUGUGGCCUCCUCGGUCACUUCAAGGCUAACUGCGAGGAAGCACCGAAGCAACGGGCGCUUAUGGCCGAGGAAGGAGACGAUGGGGAUAUGAUGCUAAUGUGCGAGCUAGUGGACGAAGAGGAUCCAGAUGAUCUUGGUCAGCUGGACAUGGGUCCGGUGAGUGCAUCUGCGUCAGUAAACCCAGGCGAAGUUAUGGCGCCAGAAGACCAUGACCCAAGGCGUGACAGUGUGAUUACGCUAGUAAACCCGGGCGAAGUCGUGGCACCAGAAGACCAUGACGGAAGGCGUGACGGUGUGGUCACGUUAGAAGCAGGCAAAGAAGUGGCGACAAAAGCCCAUGACACAAUGCGUGAUGGUAUGGUCGCGCUAGAAAACGGCGAAGACGUGUCGCCAGAAGAACAUGACGCGGGGCGUGAUGAAGCGAUCAUACCAGAAGAACGCAACAUGCGGCGAGCUACACUCAGACCAGAUGAAUUUGGCGCAUGCGUGAUUUUGGAUAGUGCAACGACGAGUUGCGCGGAUGCGUCUAGUGGCGUUGUGAAGGUGGCAACGAGCGGCGUCGCGUCACACGCCAAUUCACUAGCUCCAUCGGCUGUGUUGCAGGUGCCGGGCGAGAGUGCUUCGCUCGAUGACUCAGUGAGCACGUGUGCGAGCCAGGUUGCUGGCACUGCAGGCGGCAGCCCAGCGGCAACUGAAAGCAGCAGUAGCAGCAACACGUACGUGGCUGGUGCUGCCUUGCCGGAUAGCGCGUGCAGCCCAACAAACGGGCUGGAUGAGACUGGCCACUAUAUGCCUCAUGCACACAGGCCAGGGAACCAACCACCACGUGGUGGUGAUGGUCUACGAGACAAAGCACGGAAGCAAAGCCCAGAAAAUUUGCAAGGCGCAGAAAAUUGUGCAGAAGGCAGUUCACCACCAUGUGGAGGACCGAACGAUGCCAAAAAAGGUGACGGGCAGCAGCGAUGGAGUCCAGUAAACAGCAGGCUUGGAAGCCAGGUAAAAGAAGCAAAAUCGCCAGCAAUGGUAACUUUGGCAAGUUUAGAUUCUUCAAUAGCACACGAACGACGCGUGUUGGAUCUCUCUCCAGAAGCAGGGCUUCAGAUAAAUUUGGUGAAGAUGAAAAGUAAAGGGCAACGAAGUUUGCACAUCGAGGAACCGGAAAUUUUUGAAGAUGCAAAUAUGGAGGAGUGUUGGCGUCGUGCUAUGAAUGAAGAGUUGUGGUCGAUCCAAGACAACAAUACAUGGGAGCUCGCGGAUCUUCCCAACGGUCAGAACGCCAUAGAGCUCAAGUGGGUGUACAAAGUCAAGAAAGAUGCCGAAAGAAACUUGAUGAAGCAUAAAGCAAGGCUUGUAGCUAAAGCAUGCGUGCAAGAGCAAGAUGUGGACUUCAAAGAAGUGUUCGCUCCAGUUGCAAGGAUGGACUCGGUGAGACUACUUAUAGCUCUCGCGGCUCAAGAAUCUGGGAGGAUACAUCACUUGGAUGUGAACUCCGCGUUUUUGACCGGGGAGUUAGAAGAAGAAUUGUAUGUGAAGCAACCACCAGGGUACAUCCAAGAAGGAGAGGAACACAAGGUAUUGAAGCUACACAAGGCGUUGUACGGGCUACGACAAGCUCCUCAGGCAUGGAAUGUUGAGCUUGACCGUACAUUGAUUUCUCUUGGAUUUGAGAAAGCCCCACUAGAGCAUGCUAUGUACAAGCGAGGUGAUGGCAAUGAUCGUCUACUAGUGGGCAUCUAUGUGGAUGAUUUGCUGAUAACUGGAGCAGACGAAGAGGUGAUUGCAAACUUCAAACUACAAAUGAAGAAGCUAUUCAAGAUGACUGAUCUAGGGCUCUUGAGUUACUACCUCGGGAUCGAGGUACAGCAAAAGCCGGAGGGGAUCAUAAUAUGCCAGGAGGCAUAUGCAAAGAAGGUACUUGAAAGUUGUGGCAUGAAAGAUUGCAAUCCAAGUCAUGUUCCGAUGAAGCCUCGUCUCAGGCUAAGCAAGAAGAGUGAAGCACCCGCGGUUGAUGCAACGGAGUAUAGAAGUGUGGUCCGAAAGUUGAGGUAUCUCACGAAUACAAGACCAGACUUGGCCUAUUCCGUUGGCAUAGUGAGUCGCUUCAUGGAAGCACCCACGACGGAGCAUUGGGCAGCGGUGGAAAAUAUACUCAGGUACAUCAAAGGGACAACAAAUUUCGGUUGUGUCUACUUGAGAAAGAAGAAGAAGAAGGAGAUGGUGGAGCUACUUGGCUACAGUGAUAGCGACAUGGCAGGAGAUGUGGACGACCGUAAAAGUACCUCGGGCGUGGCAUAUUUUUUGGGAGGAAGCAUAGUGAGUUGGCUGUCACAAAAGCAGAAGGUGGUCGCAUUAUCAUCUCGUGAAGCAGAGUAUAUUGCAGCUGCAACCGCGGUGUGUCAAGGUAUGUGCCUUGAAAGGCUACUCGGUGACCUCACAGGUAAGGAACCAGAACGAGUGAUGCUGAACGUUGACGACAAGUCUACAAUCUCUCUAUGGGAGAAUCAAAUGCAUCAUGGUAGAUGCAAGCACAUCGAUACGAGGUAUCGAUACAUAAGGGAGUGUGUAGAAGAAAGCAAGAUUGACGUCAACUACAUUUGCACCGAUGACCAGCUUGCAGAUAUCCUAACCAGAUCUUUGGGACGACAGAAGUUCGUGAAGUUGCGGCGAAGGAUCAGCGUCCAAGCUGUAAAAUGAGGACAUCGUGUUUAAGGGGUGAUUGUUGGAAUUAACCACGAGUCCAGUCCGGCUCGGGCUUGGAACAACUCCCGUGUAGGUAUAGGAUUAGUAGUAGCCAGGUUAGCUGCUAUAUAUACUUACAUAUACCCUGUAAUCUCUACACCGAACUUAGAUCAAAGCAAUAAGAUAAUCAGGAACGACACGUUCCUGUUGCCAUCAAUCCAGCGUCCAGUGUUCUCGCGUGCGUGCGUUGUGUCGGCGGCGUGUACGUAGGUCCAUGCAUGUACUAGUUACUAGCUAGCUACGUACCGGAGAAUCGAUCCAGCUGUGUGUGUGCCUGUUUAUUGCAUACGUGUGUAUCUCCAGGAAGAAGACAGCUUGUGCGUACGUGUGAGCGACGGCCGAAAGCACAGGUCGCCGAAUCGCGUUGUACAAAGUACGCCGGAAAGUACUCGGCGUACGGGACUGUGCCAACAUUGUCAUCUUAAGUGACUAUGCAUUUCUGCAUUUGUAUUCUUCCCCGCAUAUUUGGAUUAACUUCAUGCUUGGUUCUGAACCUAGAUGGCCAGUCCUGGCGCUGGUAAGUAUCACAUAUUCAUAUUCCUGACUACCUCA